AUGAGUUUCUGUGUCGACCUUGUAUCUGAAGAUUCUUUUUAUGAAAAUAUCACUUUAGGAGUGACAAAACUGUUAGAAUCCGAUCCUAGGAUAUGUAAUGUUAACGUCGAACGUAGAUCGCCCUGUGACCGCGUAGCCCUGUCGACAUGGGAACAGCGACAUUCCGCCUUACUUCCAGAGGAUCUCCGAAAUUUCUACGCAUCCAGCGACGGAUUCCAAUUAACUUGGCAUUACAAAUAUUCAGCUGAUGAAAUACUACCAGUAGGCUCGAUUCGAGUGAAUUCUUUGAACGAGUUAUGCCUUUCGCCAGCAUUGAAGGAUUUGUUAGACUUCUCCAUGACGAGACAACACACGGGGCCUCGACCUGUGUUAAAUACCAAGAGCAAAGUAUUCGAGUUGGAUUCUUGCAGGACUAUUGGAAAGAUAUGCCUGAUUCACACAGGCGGGAUGUGGUCAGUGUGGCUGGCGACUCGAGAAGGCGCUUGGGGUUGGCUAGCUGAUUCUUUCACGAAUUACUUUAGGAUGGCGUUAGUGCAUUUGGGCCUACCAGGUUGGCAAGCGGCCUUUGCUAAUCUACCGUUGAUUCCUUGGGCAGAGCAACUGUUUUUACUGUUAGCACCGCAUCUUUUGGAUAAAUCGGAUAUAGAGCCCAACCUUAUAACGGCUACAAGUGAAGCAGGAUUGAAUCACAUCGACCCUAAUAUUUUUAAGACAUCUGUUCGUCACCACAAGAACACCACACGACAGACAAACCAGUGA